AUGGAGAUGCUUGAAACUUGGGUGAAUGACAAACUUCAUGACAUUGUCGGUAUUUCUGACAAGCACAUAACUCAGUAUAUGAUAGGAUUGGCAAAGAAAGCCACCACUACUGAACAUUUUGUGGAAUCGAUCAAAGACACCGGAGUAAUAGACAUUGACACUAAUGUUCUGAGCUUUGCCCGGGAAUUAUGGGGAAAGGUACCACACCAAGCUCAGACAGAGAAACUUGGAAGAAAACGAGAGCGAGAGGCACUAGAGUUACAAAAGAAGAACGACAGCUACAGAGUUCUCUCUGAUGAAGAUAGUGAAGAAGAAACCUAUUUGCCUGUGAAGAGGGAAAAGAGAGACAGAAAGCAGAAACAUUUCAGGAGAAAGCAAGAAUCUUCAGAGGAAAGCAGUGAAGAUGAUAUUCAGGAGAAUCUUGACCAGGAUGACCCACUAUCGGACUCGGAUUCAGACGAGUUGGACCAACAGGAGCAACAGAGAUUACAGGAUAUUGAUGAGAGAGAUAAAUUUGCCAAACGUCUGCGUGACAAAGACAAGGCCAACACACGCAAUGUCAUGUCUAAAUCAGAGAAAAAGGCUAUGGAAGAAGCAAAACGACGCCUGGAAAUGGAGGCAGAAGAUAAGAAAAAGUUAAUUCCUGAAAUAAGAGAGAAGUCACGUCAGGAGUACCUAAAGAAACGUGGGACUCAGAAGCUGGAGGACCUGGAGGCUGACAUCUUAGAUGAGGAGUACCUCUUUUCUGACACAAGACUAACAGAGAGGGAAAAACGAGACCUGAAAUAUAAAAAAAAAGUACUGGAGAUAGCUAAAGACCAUCGAAAGGCAGGGGACAUAGAGAAAGUGAGUCGGUACCAUAUGCCAAAGGAAGAUGACAAACCAUCUGAACAUUAUGAAGAAGAGAUCCAUGAGAAGGGAAUUAACUCUGAACAACAACGCUGGGAGGAGGAUCAUCUUGGGGCUGCAAUUAUGAAAUUUGGAGCACGUGAUGCUAAACAAAGAGCAAAAGAGAAACACAAAACCAAGGAUUAUGACUUCAUCAUGGAUGAGGAGAUAGAAUUUGUGCAGGCAUUACAGAUGCCUGGAUCAAAGAAAAGCAAGGACAAGGAGCCAGAGAUGUCCGAGGCAGAGAGGAAAAAAAUGACGAUAGAUGAGUGCAAAAGAAGUCUGCCAGUUUUUCCCUUUAAGCAGGAUUUAUUGGAUGCCAUAGAGGAACACCAGGUCCUCAUCAUUGAAGGAGAGACAGGAUCAGGGAAAACAACACAGAUCCCACAAUACCUACAUGAGGGGGGGUUCACGAGAAAUGGCAUGAAGAUUGGCUGUACACAACCCCGUCGAGUGGCAGCCAUGUCAGUGGCAGCACGUGUGGCUGAGGAAAUGGGGAAGAAACUGGGAAAUGAGGUUGGGUACAGUAUCCGAUUUGAGGACUGUACUUCAGACAGGACCAUCAUUAAAUACAUGACUGAUGGCAUGUUACUGAGAGAGUUCUUAGGAGAACCAGACCUGGCUAGUUAUAGUGUGAUGAUAAUUGAUGAAGCUCACGAGCGCACCCUCCACACAGAUGUCUUGUUUGGACUGGUCAAAGACAUUUCCCGCUUCAGACCAGAUCUCAAGCUCCUUAUAUCUAGUGCUACACUUGAUGCAGAGAAGUUCUCUGAGUUUUUUGACGAUGCCCCGAUCUUUCGGAUCCCUGGUCGACGUUUCCCUGUGGAUAUCUAUUACACCAAGGCGCCGGAGGCUGACUACCUUGAUGCUGCUGUUGUGUCUGUGCUUCAGAUCCAUGUUACACAACCAUUUGGUGACAUCCUGGUAUUCCUCACUGGGCAGGAGGAGAUUGAAUCAUGCAACGAGAUGUUACAGGAGAGAACAAAGAAACUUGGUAGUAAGAUAAAGGAACUCAUCAUCUUGCCAAUCUAUGCCAACCUGCCUUCUGACAUGCAGGCCAAGAUAUUUGAGCCCACACCUCCAGGUGCCAGGAAGGUUGUCAUAGCUACCAACAUAGCAGAGACAUCUCUGACGAUAGACGGCAUAAAAUAUGUCAUUGAUCCCGGUUUCUGUAAACAGAAUAGCUACAAUGCACGAACAGGCAUGGAGUCACUCAUUGUCACACCUAUAUCGAAGGCAUCUUCCAACCAGCGUGCAGGGCGUGCAGGAAGAGUCUCAGCAGGAAAAUGUUUCCGUCUGUACACAGCCUGGGCCUACAAGAAUGAGCUUGAGGAUAAUACAAUACCCGAGAUCCAAAGGACUAAUCUUGGUAAUGUAGUUCUCAUGCUCAAGUCUCUGGGAAUCAAUGACCUCAUCCACUUUGAUUUCAUGGACCCACCUCCUCACGAGACCUUGGUCCUUGCCCUGGAACAGUUGUAUGCCCUUGGAGCUCUAAACCAUCGUGGGGAGCUCACAAAACUGGGGCGUCGCAUGGCAGAGUUUCCUGUAGACCCAAUGAUGUCUAAAGCUAUACUGGCUUCAGAACAAUAUAAGUGCUCAAAGGAGAUCCUGACAAUUUGUGCUAUGUUAUCCGUCAAUAAUGCCAUAUUCUACCGCCCCAAAGACAAGGUUGUCCAUGCUGAUACAGCUCGGCAGAACUUUUUCCGUCCAGGUGGAGACCACAUGACACUAUUGAAUGUGUACAAUCAAUGGGAGGAAACCUCUCACUCCACACAGUGGUGCUAUGAAAACUUCAUCCAGCACAGGUCAAUGAAGCGAGCUCGUGACGUCCGGGACCAGCUCGAAGGGUUAAUGGAAAGAGUUGAGAUUGAAAUGACCACCAACCCUGGUGACACUAUCGCCGUCCGCAAGGCCAUUACUGCUGGAUUUUUCUACCACACGGCACGGCUUGGCAAGGGAGGUAACUACAGAACUGUGAAGCAUCAGCAAACAGUCAUGGUUCACCCCAAUAGUAGCCUUUUUGAGGAUCGACCCCGUUGGCUUAUCUACCAUGAGCUCGUAUUUACUACCAAGGAGUUCAUGAGACAGGUGAUAGAGAUAGAGAACUCCUGGCUUCUAGAGGUAGCACCACACUACUACAAGUCCAAAGAACUGGAGGACACAUCCAAACGGAAAAUGCCAAAGAAUACUGGGAAAGCUCGGGAAGAUGUUGUAAGACAAUAUUAAUGUACGAAGUGAUAUAUUUGUUGAACCAUAUUAGGCGAUUUCUUUGCCUUAUACAUGCCAUUUACACAUUUUAAACAUGUACACAUGUUAUGUAAACCAAACCAAAGUGAGCUAAUUGUAAUGACUGAGGAGUAAUGAUAAUGGGAGAAUGCUCAGUACAUAAACAAUUUCUAAGACAAAGCUUGAAUACUUUUGUUUUAUCAGUUUACAAGUAUUAAUUUGCUUAAUACUGUUAUUAUGGAAGUGCUUUUAUUUUUUGAAAAAGGAAGACAAAUUUAAUCACUUACUUAAGCUGAUUUGCAUAAAGAUACAUGUAUGAUGUUAAGAUUAUGAACCAGAAUUAGGUAUGGUACAGACUCUGAAAUACUUGGUUUAACAAUGCAGGAUUUGUAUAUUGACCGGUUACAAUAUUGAUAUAGAAUACUUGGAAAUAAUUAAAUUUAACUAGCACAGAUUCACAUUUGAUUAGGAUUUAAAGUACAAGUGAACCUGAUGUUUGAGUUUUGGCAUGUUUUCAUGACUGUAGAAAGGAGUGUGGAUUUUAUUGAAAACAAUACAUAGGUAAGUGAUUUCUCUCUAGUAUGACUGAUAAACAUACUUUUUAAGAAUGAUUGUGUGUUGAGAAUCUGACUUGCAAUGUUAUGAUACUGUUGAAAGGUGUAUGCUGGUCAUACGGAGAUGUAGAUGUGAAUUGUCUAUUUUAAAGGUGAAAAAAUAUUUUCAAUAAAAAAAUAUGAAACAAAAGUUCA